CUAGCAGCGGCGGCUAAUCCGGCUAACGGCGGCGGUGAUGGCGGAGCUGGUGCAGGGACAGGCCUCGAUGAACCAGCCGGGGCUCAAGUCAGACGGCCUGGUCGAUGCUUUACAGAGGGCCCGGCAGAUUGUGGGGAAAAUGGGGGGAGAAGCCAUGUCCCACCUCAACAGCUCCUCAGGAAGCGUGGAGUCCACGCUGUACUACCCUGGACAGAAGCGACCCGGGGAGGACGGAGUGGGUAACCAGCUUCCAGCCAUGGGCCAUCAGAGGGUGAUGACGGAGGAGUACAAGGUCCCGGACCGGAUGGUGGGCUUCAUUAUCGGCAGAGGCGGCGAGCAGAUCACCAGGAUCCAGCUGGAGUCGGGAUGUAAGAUCCAGAUCGCCUCAGACAGCGGAGGGCUGAUGGAGCGGCCGUGUUCACUGACGGGAACGCCAGAGAGCAUCGAGCAGGCGAAGCGGCUGCUGGUCCAGAUCGUGGAGCGGUGUCGGAAUGGGCCUGGUUUCCAUGGCGACGGUGACGGCGGCGCCGCGGUGCAGGAGAUGCUGAUCCCGGCCAGCAAGGUGGGGCUGGUGAUCGGCCGCGGCGGCGACACCAUCAAGCAGCUGCAGGAGCGGGCCGGGGUCAAGAUGAUGAUGAUCCAGGACGGGCCGCUGCCGACCGGCGCCGACAAGCCGCUCCGCAUCUCUGGAGAUCCCUACAAAGUCCAGGCGGCCAAGGAGCUGGUUCUGGAGGUGAUCCGGGAGAAGGACGGGGACUUUCGGUCCGGACGCAGCGACUUCGGAGGUCGGCUGGGCGGAACCAGUCUGGACGUUCCGGUUCCGAGGUUCGCCGUUGGCAUCGUUAUCGGCAGGAACGGAGAGAUGAUCAAGAAGAUCCAGAACGACGCCGGGGUCAGAGUUCAGUUCAAAGCAGAUGACGGCAUCAGUCCCGAGCGCGUUGCCAUGGUGAUGGGCCAGCCGGACCGCUGCCAGCACGCCGUCCACCUCAUCAACGAGCUCAUCCAGACGGCCCAGGAGCGGGACGGCUUCGGCUCGGCCCUGCGGAGCUCCAGGGUCAGAGGUCGCGGCGACUGGACCAUGGGCUCUCCAGGCCCGCUGCAGGAGGUCACAUACACAAUCCCAGCUGAUAAGUGCGGCCUGGUCAUCGGCAAAGGUGGUGAGACCAUCAAGAGCAUCAACCAGCAGUCUGGUGCCCACGUGGAGCUGCAGAGGAACCCUCCGCCCUCCACCGACCCCAACACCCGGGUCUUCACCAUCCGCGGCUCCGCCCAGCAGAUGGAGGUCGCCCGCCAGCUCAUCGACGACAAGAUCGGGGGAUCGGGGAUCAUGAGCAACGGAGGAUUCGGCUUCAGCCCCUUCACCCAGGGCCCUGCCGCCCACCAGAACAGCGGCCAGCCGUUUGUGACCGGCGUUUGGGGGAACACCUACCAGACCAGCUGGCAGAACCCGGGCCAGCAGGACCCAGGUCACAGUUUGGCUCAGACAGGACAGAUGGACUACUCCAAAGCAUGGGAGCAGUACUAUAAGAAGCUAGGCAAGGUUGCAGGUCAGUCGUCUCAGCAGAGUUCGGUGCCAGACUACACUGCAGUGUUAGCAGAAUACUACAGACAGCAGCCCUACCUGUGGAACCCCGCCCAGAUCCAGGAUCACUAGAGGCUCCUUCGUCUCGGCUCCAGGCGUCGGACGGUCGUUGACAGCAACCAAAACGGGGUUUCCAAGCAACGCUCUGCCGCUUCUUUCUUCCUUUUUGUAGAGAAAAACUAAGGAUUAACUGAAAAAUCACAAACUCUUUUCUUUCUGUUUUUUAACCUUACAGAGUUGAUAUUUUGUCAGGCAGGUUUUUUUGGACUAGCCUCUGGUCUCCACAGCAUAGACCUGAUUUUCUUUUUUUUUUUUUUUAUCAAACUUGAACUUAAAGAUCUAUCAGUGUGGCUUUGAACAAAAACAAAUCCAGUAUAAUCUAUAUUUUGUCUAGUUUUAUUUUUCUGAUAAACGGUAAAAGGCUUAGCAGUCUUGAGUAAGAAAAUCAGAUAUAUUAUUAUUUUGUUCAUGAUAAUGUUUUAAAGCAUGCGUCAGAUUGUGUGUUGACUCUCAGUUAUCUUUUUUAUUUUGGCAUAGAAAUAUUUUAAUAGCGUUGGAUGGAAAUGUGAUGUUUUACCGUCGGAGAUAAAACUGUAUUUUGUACUAAAUUUCUGCUCGCUGGGUCUGUUUUCACCUGUAGUCGCCAUCUUGGAGGUGCAAUGACACGAUUGUUUUCUUUGGUUUGAUUAUUCCUGUUUGUCGAUAGUGAACUCGGUUUUAUUAUGUAACGAUGAAACAAGUGGUGAUCAUAUUGUUGUCUAAAGCCAGAUCUCUCUGUGGUCGAAGAACCUCAGCAGUUCAGCACCAGUUGUUGUUGGAACAGGAGCUUAGCCUGUUUUCUUCCAGUGAAACUGAAUUAUUGCUGUUAGUUGUGCUUAGUUUGAGUGGAGAAACGUUGAAGCUGGUCCGUGUUACCUCAGCGGGUGUUUGCUGAAUGAAUGUUUUAGCUGGAUGUAGCUGAGUGGAUGUGGGAGAUGAACGGACGUUCUAUCAAAAGUCCUGAACCAAGUAAUCAGGUGAGCCUGAUGGUUUUAACGUGUGAACACUGUUCUGCCUUGACAAUUUAAGAGCUGACAGAAUAAAAAGCUAUUGAUCUUUGACAUUUACUGAUAUUCUUUUUUAACUUGCUAACAAACUGCCAGGCGCUCUAUGCACAACUUUUCUGUUUUAACAACCGAAGCUCAGUAAAUCUGCAUGAAAUAUUCAUGUUGGCGCAACAUUUGAGUUGUUAACAGGAACUGAAGUAACAGCAGUCAGAACUUAACUAACCAGCUAACUUAACGUCCCUCUGAUUCUCUCCACUAACGUUUGAACACAUUAAGAAAUGCAAGCAAAGUUAAACCUUUAGUCACUUUCAGCAAAGAAAUAAUGUGAAUAUUCUGCAACGGAAAUAAAAAUCCAUUUUUUAAGUAUCUGUUAAACUUGCUGAUAUUUGAGCUUUAGCUGAAUAAUCUUUAAACAAAAAGUAUUCACAUGUAAACCGUCAUAUUUUUAUCUCUCCUCUCAAUAUGCAAAUUUAUGCUAACCUGUGAUGUCAUCAGCUCAAAGGUUAAAGGUCAGAUUUACAGCCAACAUCAAAAACAGACUUUAAUCUCAAAAACGUUAAAUCUUGUUAAACUACAGGAGAAAAAUGACGACUUUGAAUUUAAUAAAAUAGUGGGAAGCAACACAGUCGAUCAGUAUUUUGAUAUUUGCUGUUUCAUUUUUAACAUCCUAACUGGAUUCAGUGUGAACAAAAACUUAAAUACUGAGUAAUUAGCUUAGCUUCACGCUAACCCCAGACUCUAACCCUGCAUAUGCAAUUACAAUUUAAACAUCUAAACCAGGUCGCACAUUAUUAGUGUUGAUUUUCCAACUAAAAAUGGGUCCAGAUUUCAGUUCUGAUGAUUUAUUUUUAAACCUUGGAGUUGGCAUAAGGAAGAACUCGUCUGAUUCUCUGAAAUUGGUGCUGUGGACAUGAAAUUAAUAAGCUACUAAAGAUGUUUUAAAUAUGGUUAGGAAAAACGGACAAAACCAGAAAUUAAAGGCUCCAAAGAAAAGGAUGGUGAAAAUGGUUAAAUAUUAAUUAACUCCAAAAUGAUCCGUUUUAAUUUGAUAAGCUGCCGAACCUGCUUGAGUUUUGACAUUUUCCUGCCUGCUUUACCCGCGUUAACAAUUUAGCUGAAAGUGUUUUAGCUUAGCUACCAGAACCCGUUAGCUUAGCUACCAGAACCCGUUAGCUUNGCUACCAGAACCCGUUAGCUUAGCUACCAGAACCCGUUAGCUUAGCUACCAGAACCCGUUAGCUUAGCUACCAGAACCCGUUAGCUUAACAUUGUGUGUAUUCGUGCGGUGCUGAUUUAUGCUUUGUGUGUGUGUGUGUGUGUGUGUGUGUGUGUGUUUAAGGGUUGGUAAUGUUCCUCAAAAAGUUAUGUUGUUUUCAUCAACUUGCACAAAUGUAAAUAUAUUUUUUGGCUUUUCUUAUCGAAACUCAGCUAAUUUACUGUUUAAGCUUAUUUGAUGCGAAUUUGGUAAAAUUUAAAGACUUGUUCAUUUUAUUUUUUAAGAGAUGUCGGUCCUGAAGUUUUUAGUUAUGUCUGUUUUUUUGAAAUCUUGAGAUUUUUCUACCAGUUUAAUUCCACCUGUUGCAGUAUUUCAGAUUCGUUAGCCGACAUGCUAGCUGCAUGCUUUGUCCUCAGAUCAUGCUAGCAAGCUGCAGUUGGACGGUUCGCUUGGCGGCCAUGUUGGCGCGGCCAUGUUGGCGCGGCCAUGUUGGCGGCCAUGUUGGCGCGGCCAGCCGCGGCGGCUGCUCUGUUAGCUGAACCACGUUUGUCGGACCACAGAGAGGUUUGUCUUGUUUCCGGAGAUCUGGCUGAAAUGGUUCUGCUUUCUGUAUGUGAUGAUGAUGAUAAAGACAAUAAUAAUGAGUUCUCCUCUUCAGGUCUAUUUAAAUCGUAUAAAUAUUCAGUUUGUGUAAAUUCCACUGCUCUCCAGUUAAAAUGAUUUCUGUUCUGUUUAAUUCACAUGUUGUGUUUAACCGAUCUGCGUGUUUCCUCAAGACUGCUAGGCGCCCCGCCCCCCGGCGGUUCGGUUCGGUUCUGACCCGCCUGGAAUUGGGCCGGAGAUGGGGCGGCGCCGCAUUGUUAAAACGGCUGAAGUGGAUUCAUGCCGGGUGUCCGGUUCUGGUUCCGACAGCUGCGAUCAGAACCGGACCUGUGAGCACCGGCCCGCUUCAGCGUCCGGCUUCCUGAUCCGGAGACUUUGGUUCCGGAGGGCAGCUUCCGGUUUCUGUUGCUUUUCUAACUGUAACCUGCAGAUUUUCUAGAUUCUAUUGGCGGAUGGAUGAACCGCUGCGGACGCGAUGAUCACUGCGGGCUAAUAAACGGCUCCUUCUUUCUGA